GAUGGUGAGGGUGUUGGGAAGAAGAGAAUACUAGUCAGACGAAGGAGCUGCUAUUGUAGAGUAAAAGUGAACGCUUAACCAUUUUUUCUUCUUUUAUAACCAUUUUUUCUAUAUAUGGGGGUUUAUAUGUUAUUCUCAUCCAGUGCCUGCUACUAAAUCUGAAUGUUGUACAAUACAUUCCAUAAGGUCUUGGUAUAAACGUGGGAUUUAUUUAGCCGAAAUGUACUGAUCUUUACUUAAUUUGUUACUGAAGAGCAGCUAUCAUUCCUCUUGGUCAGCUUACAGGAGCCAAAGGUUUAUCACUUCAAAAUCACAGUUGCUAGCUAUGGAUGUAUUCAUGAAAGGGCUUUCUAAAGCUAAAGAGGGAGUCGUAGCAGCUGCAGAAAAAACCAAGCAGGGUGUGGUGGAGGCAGCAGGAAAGACAAAAGAGGGCGUCCUUUACGUGGGUUCCAAAACAAGAGACGGUGUUGUACACGGAGUAACAACAGUGGCUGAAAAAACCAAAGAACAAGUUUCUCAUGUGGGUGGCGCAGUUGUUACAGGAAUGACGGCCGUAGCACACAAGACCGUAGAGGGCGCUGGAAACAUUGCUGCUGCUACAGGGCUGGUGAAGAAGGAUCAAGUGGGUAAACAGAAUCAAGAAGGACAUGGGCAAGAGGAAAAUACAGACAUGGCAAUGAAUCCAGAUGAGACGUAUGAAAUGCCCCCUCAGGAAUACCAAGACUACGAUCCCGAAGCAUGAAGACUGUGGGCAAGUGAUUGUGGGCAACAUAGAAUAAUCUACUGAUCAUAAUACAUUCCAAUGUACAGUGUACCUAGUUCUCAGAUUUUAUUUACUUUUUAAUUUUUUAACUGUAUAUGGAAGUCUUCCAUAAGUGAUACAAAACAAAAAAGAGUCACUAACCAGGAUUCUGUUUCAGGUUAGCUGAUUCCAGCACACUGAAAUGAUCAGCAAUGAGUGGGGUCUUUUUGUGCUAUGGAUGUUGUGGCUUAAAAAAAAAAAAUUACAAAAACACCUAAGUGUCUAUUAAUGUCCUACUUUAUAUAUGUAUUAUUGCUUGUUAUUGAGUGCUUUAGUACUGUUUCUAUUUUCCUACACUUUUGUAUGUUUCUUAUGUUACUUACUGUCCAAUGUACUAUGAGAUCUGUUUCUAACUAUCCAGUAAUUCUGACAUAAGCAUGAAAUAUGCAACCAACUAAUUUAGAGAUCUGGCAUGUUUUUCAUGAUUUGUGUUUCCUAAUCAUUUCAGACAAUAUGAAUUACAUUUAGCAAUGAUAAAGUUAAAUUCAAACGCUGGCUGUCUUUCAGAUGCACAUGAAAUCUGAACAGGUCACUGAGGGUAAUGGUCUUCACAUGGGCAUGUGUGAUGGAAAAAGCACUGUUAUAUGUUAUUUUAAUUAAUCAAUUAUCAUCAUCUUCAUUAAAUUAUAAUGCCUGCCUCACAAAUAAUAGCAAAUACAUGAAUAAAAACAGAAGGAUAAUAAAUCAAUGAAUAGUCAGCCAUAACAGCAGAUACUGUAGGUGGUACAAACAAAAGCACAAUUCAUGCUCUUACAAAGACAAGUACUAAUGCCGCGCUUAUGUGUUAAACAAUCAGCAUAACCCUCAUACAACACAUGUGAGACACAAGACAUAGGAAUAGGAUAGAUAGGCAAACAUUCAAUUUAAACAUAUAAAGGUGCAUACACACGGUGAGACAUGGGCUAACCCCGAUUCUCACUGUGCAAUAGGGACUAGGUCGGUAUCGCAAGCACAUAAUGACUGUGCUUGUGAUACUGGCUAUGUGCGAUUUUAGCUAAGUGUCAAUUUUGACUAUAUUUUCUACGAGAUAGUCAAAAUUGACUUGCCUGCACAGUCUAUCUAGCCUUGCAAUGCCGACCGCACGGGACCGCGCAUCUGCAUCGCAUUGGGAUUGCAAGGUGACUUUCACCUUGCGAUCUGCUCUAACUUUUCUUACGAUUUUGACUAUAUAGUCAAAAUCGUAAGAAAAAAUCUCACUGUGUGUACACACCAUUAGUUAAAAUAUACUAAUUAUUUACAAAUUAUUUGGCUAAUAACAAGUCACUUAUAUUGCUUUAAAUAUUUAGAAGACCUUUGAAGAUUUGUAUUAACAUAAUGUUUGGAGCUUUGCAUUCUAUGAAGGAAAUUAAAUUAUUGGUGAUCUGCCAUGGAGCCUUUUCAGAAUAGUCCAAAGACUCUCCGGCGAUGUAUCUGCACUAGUUUUUCUCCCCCCCCUUCCCAUAGGUUUGCACACAAAAUAAGCAAAGAUUUAUUAUCAUCUUAAGAGGAAACUGGAUAGUCCAUUUAAGAAGACAAGCGUAACAAUUUUAACAUUAAUGUUAAACAACACAUUUAACUUCAUAACUAAUCCAUCAAAUUACUUCUACACCCAUCUCUUCCUAGUAUGUACUUAUGUAAAGACUUGUUAUUAACUGAUUCUUUUAAAUGGAAAGUUUGGGGGGGGGGGGGUUAACUCAAAAGCACAAUGCUAAUCGACCAGGUGUUACAUUUCAAAGAGCUGUAUUCUAUAUUGCUGCACUUCCUAUGAAAAAUUCCUGUAUUGAAGCAAAUAAUUGCUAUGAUGUUAAAAAUCCUACAUAUUGUGGUUCUGUAAAUGCUCAAUACAAUUCCUAAAUGUAACACAACCAAAUUGUUCUGUGACGUAAUAAUAUCUCCGCUUCCUCUUCUCAUUUGGUGAGAGAUAGAUACUCAUAUACUGUACACGAGAAUUGUCGCUUUUUUUAUUUUUUUUACAAGUACCAUAUAGCGAUUAUGGAAAUACAUACUACUUUGCAGAAGGUAUGCAAUUAUAAAAAUGUAAAAUAUUUGUCACAUUUAUUCCUCAUAACAUAUUGCCCUCUUCACAGAGCUCUCACUGCCAUCCACAGCGCUAGAAGUCUACCCAUCAGGGACGUGCGGUGAGCUAAAUAGCUCAGGAGGCACUGGCUAACCCCAGCGCCAGAUUUUCAUGCAAUAUAUAAGCCAAAGGGUACAUCUGGGCAUUAUACACAGGUAAAGCAGUAUAAACUCUUCAGAAUUUUAUGAGUUUCGAUCAAAGAUGUGCUGAAAAGAUAAGCUGCCUCACCUGCCAUAGACUUUUUACUCCAGAGUUUUGGCUGUAAAAAUUAUUAGAAUAAUGAAAAGAAGAUAUUUCAAAUUAGUGGUAUUUUUCAUAUAAUUUAUUCAAUCAAAACUCUGGUUUAAACGUAAGUAUGACAGGAAAGGCUCUGCCUCACCUGCCUCACCCCACCGAACGUCACUGCUACCCAUUAUAAACCUGCCCUCCACUUCUGGCCCUUACAGCAAAUGGAAAGGGAAUUGACAACAACCAGACUCUGUGCCUGGAGACCAGAAUCUGCUAAUUCUCCACUAUCAAGGCCUCCCAGUCUCUCUACAGCCUCAUACAACCCUAUCUCUUAACCCAGCCUCGUGACCUCCUGUUUCUUGCCAGCUUCAUGACACCUUUAUUUCUCUCCAGCCUCAUAACACCCCCUUUGUCUCCAUCAUCAUGAGCCCCUCUGUGUCUCUUCUGCCAGCCCUAUUUUUCCUAGUUCGCUCCAGCCCACUCUUGACCUUUUGUCUGAUGUUCUUGUAGCUGCCUGGCCUACUCAAUCCUCUUCAUGCUAUGGCUUCAGCUAUUUCCUUCAGCAACACAAAGUCAAAAAUAAAAAAUACUAUAGGACUCAUUGCUGGGUCUGGUCUUGUCUGGACUGUCUCCACACUGGGGUUGGGUGUAAGUGCAUUUGCUCGAUAUGCGGUCAAGAUCCCGCCGGACGGAAUCCCGGCGGUCGAAAUACCGACACCGGGAUCCCAACCGGCACAAUCCCAACAUAUUUUCCCUCUGUGGGUGUCCACGACACCCAUAGAGGGAGAAUAAAUUAGUGUGCCGAGCGUAGCGAGACACCGUGCCCGCAGCAUGGCGAGCGCAGCGAGCCUGCAAGGGGCUACGUUGCGCUCGCCCCCCUGUCGGGAUUGUGCCAGUCGGAAUCCCGGUGUCGGUAUUCCAACCGCUGGGAUCCCGUCCGGCGGAAUUUUGUACUGAUCCCCAUUUGCUCUGGACAGACAACUACAGGUAUCAUUGCAGCAGACCACUGUCAACAUCUUUUCCAUCCCUAGUGUAGCUUGUACUUACUGUAAGCUGGAGUACCACCUAGCCUUCCUGCUUGUACCACUGAUGCGAAUGAGAACCGCUGAUAUACAUAGAUGAAUUUUGUAUUCGCCAAGCAUCUAUGCUGUAAAUUAAUAGGAGUAAUAUACAGAAUGAAUGAAAUGACUCUCUGAUGUAUUAAAAUAUUCUUGGAUGGAAAGCUCCCUAGUAACUGCUGAAAUGAAAACUGGUUUAUACAAAAUAAAAACAAAAUAAUUGUGUACAUUUAUUUUUUUAAGUAAACAAAUAUGGAAUAAUUGCCACAAUCCUUUUCAUUUUAAAGUACAAAUGAUAUAUUGUAUUCAAAACAAUAGCAAUUUUAAAAUAAAAAAAGACAUUGCUAAUCUUAUCAUACUGUAUAUUAUUGUAAUUUAACAAUUGUUAUGUAAUUCAUUGUAUAUAAAAAAUAAAUAUGUCACGAGUGUGGUUGCAUAAACUGA